GGCCGCUGCAGCCGGACACGCUGCGUCCACCAGUGAUCAACCUGAAUGUGGAAGAUGAGGUACAGUUUGUAAGAAAGACUCUGAAAGUCACAAAGCCUCGAUUCGAUGCCUCCCUGGUUUAUUUGACCCGAAAGUUCAUGGAUCUUGUCAAAACAGCUCCACAUGGCGUCCUUGAUUUAAACGAGGUAGCAAGAACUCUUGGAGUACGGAAACGAAGAGUGUAUGACAUCACCAAUGUGUUGGAUGGAAUCCACUUAAUUCAGAAAAGAUCUAAGAACCUUAUCCAGUGGGUAGGUUCUGAUCUUGAUCAAGUUGUUGGAAAGGCACCAGAGCAGCAAAAGCUUAGAGAUGAACUUUCUGACUUGUCAGCCAUGGAAGAAGCCCUGGAUGAAUUAAUCAAGGAUUGUGCUCAUCAGUUAUUUGAACUAACAGAUGACAAAGAAAAUGCAAAACUAGCUUAUGUGACAUACCAAGAUAUCCAUAGCAUUCAGGCAUUUCAAGAACAGAUUGUUAUUGCGAUCAAAGCUCCGGAAGAAACGAAAUUGGAAGUACCAGCUCCUAAAGAAGAUAGCAUAGAAGUACAUAUAAAAAGCACAAAAGGACCCAUUGACGUGUAUCUGUGUGAGGUGGAACAAGAUAAGCCAGGUGCCAAAACUUUUGAAGAUAUGGAUACUGUGUCUUCUGAAGCAAAGCCGACAGUACCUCCUGAUGAAGAGUGAGAUCUCCAAAAGCAAGCUGAGAUGUGAGGGAUGAAUUAUGAAUCAAAAUGUAAUGAGAAUGUGAAUAUCUGUGUUACAGAGGUUUUUCAGAACUGCUUGGAACUGCAAACUUACCGACCUGAAAUGUUGCAUAAUGUUUUAAAUUUAAAACAGCAGUGGGUUGGUUGAGUGCUUUCACAGGACUGCUUAUCUUCCAGGUUAAAAGAAGACAGUUCCUAGAGUUGCUUUUAGGAGUUUUGUUUUCAUACUUGCAUGUGAUCUACAGUGCUUUGGGAAAAUCACCCUUUUAGCUUAUGAAAUACCUUUGAAUUGAUGGAAAAAAUAGGCAAGGAAUUACUUCUAAAACUGAAGAUCCUAAAACUAUUUCUGAACAAUCCACAAUUCUUAUAAGAAUGUAUAUAAUAAAGAAAUGCACUUUUUAGUUCUGGAGCUGCACUGCUAUUAAACCCAAUUGUCAAAUACAAAUGUAACAAGGAGCUGGUAUAUCAGAAGCCUUUGUUGUAAGGAACAAGAUGUAAAUAUCAUGAAAGUUUUGCCUUACAUUGUGUAGAUGCUGUUUGCAUUGUUUGCAUCCGGCUCUACAUGAACUACGGAAUCAACACUGAAGUUAAAUAAGUGGGCUUUUUUGUAUAUAUCUGUAUCAAGUCUAGGUAGUUGUUGAUGUAGAUUUAUUGAGAUAACUUGCAUUUCUGCCUUUGUACAGCAAAGAAAUAAAAUAAGCUUAUAAAAAUGGUCAGUCUAA